AUGAAACCAAACACGCGCGCGAAACCCGAUUUUUCCUAUUAUCUCACCCAAAACGCAAUCAAAGAAAAGUUAGUAAAGUUGGAAACGGAUUAUCGAUCCGUGUUACGGGUGAAAUACGUGAAGAAAUCGACGGCGAACGGCGUCGGGGAUAAAAUCGCCGAAUUUGGCGGGAACGCGAACGCGAAGUCGUAUUCCGUGAUCAUCCCCGUGGUGACGAUUAAUUUAGACGGAAAGUUUGACGAGGUUGAGAAUAGGAAGAAAACGAGACUGAUGUUUGACUUUGGAGAACACGGGAGAGAGUUGAUUACGGUGGAUACGGCGUUUCGAUUUAUGGAGACGUUAGUCAAGGCCGCGGCAAAAGAAGAAGAAGACGACGAAGAAGAAGACAACAGGAGCAACACCAGCAGUGCAUUCUCUAUGCAGAAAGCGACGACUGACCGCCACUCUUUCCUCGAAUCGUUAAAACAAACGACGUUUACCAUCAUCCCGAUUGAAAACGUCAAUGGCCGAGCGAUGGUGGAAGAGUCAAAGAAGUUUUGCGAACGGAAGAACGGUCGAGGUGUGGACGUGAAUAGAAAUUUUCCGGUAAAUUUCGGCGUCAAAGAGAAAGAUUACGAUCCGAACGAGGAGUUUCCAGGCCCUUACGCGAUGUCAGAACCCGAGUCGAAAGUUUUGGAGAAAUUGUUUAAAGACGUGAAACCGCACGCUUGGGUAAACGUGCACUCGGGGAUGGAGGCUAUUUUUACGCCGUACGAUCACAAGAACGAGGAACCGAAAGGAGAGUAUCCAGAGUUUGCGAGAAAGAUUGGUGAGGAGAUCAAUCAAAUGCACUGCGGGAAACGGUGCGUGACUGGGAGCGGAGGGAAAGGCGUCGGAUAUUUAGCGCACGGGACGGUAACGGAUUACGCGUUUGAUGUGGUGAAAGUUCCAGCGGCGUUUACGUGGGAAAUUUAUGGCGACACGCAGGCGCACUUUGACGAUUGCUUCGCAAUGUUUAAUCCAGUCACAAAGGAGAAGCACGAUGAUGUCGUCGAGUCGUGGGCGGGAGCAGGGUUGAGCUUUGCGCAUUUGAUGCGGGCGCAUCCCGCAGUCGGAGAAAGAAAAGAGGAAGAUGGAAGUGGUUCGUCGAGAACGGCGCUGAGCGAUGGAGGAAAAAAAGAAGAAGCAGAAACAACAUUUGCAUUAUCGGCUUCUCCUUCGGAUUCGGUACUUCCUGUUAACACGAAUCAUGACUACCAGUCGCUUCGUGGCGCCGGUCAACUUCGAACAGGUGCAAGACUGAGAGGGAGUAAUAAGAUAAAUAGGAAAGGCCACGCGAGGUCGCAGAUGUUCGGGGCGAGAGACCAGGAUAUCGACACAUGGAAAUAUCUACUCCUCGUCUCUAUAUUCACGGUUUUGUAUUGCGUAGCUCGACGACAGUUCCGCGCGGUGAAGCGAUAUAGAACUACGAGACGUAAUCGUGACAAAGCGACGGUAUGA